GCGGGCUGACUGGACUGGCGCGGGGAGAUUCGAUCCCUGUGACCGUGGUCCUGACUUCAAUAAAACACCCCCUGCGUGGAAGUUAAGCACAGUCAGACCACUUUGCGAUGCCUCUCUACCGCGGAGUCAUGUCGUCGCCUGUCGUGGUGUUUUAGAUCGUAACCAGCGGCUGUUGAACCGCCACCUCCACACAGAUGGAGGCCAUGGAGGUGGACUCCAUCUCUGUAGAGAUUCAUGGAGAAGCCAGCAGUCAGUCACAGGCUGCUCUUGCAGCCCAGGCUGACGACACCAACACACAGCACAUCACUAUAGACUCCGGCAGCAGCACCGAGGUGGAUGACGAUGAAGAUGAUGACAACAAUGGUGGACAGGGGGCAGCUCGAGCUCCUCCCCGGCUUCCCGCGACUUGGGCGUUUAGUCAGAGGGCGGUGGGCAGGACCGCAACAACGCCGUCAGCGGCUCAGGGGACGCCCAUUAGGAGGAGAGUCAGACAAGGCCUCAGGGUGCACUACCCCAGCCAGACUGCGGCACCCUCCAGAGGCUUUCCAGACUUCCUUCUCCGGGCCCCAGCUGCCAGUGUGGCUGAGCCAGAGUCCGGCAGCACCACAGAGGUCAGCGAAUCGGAUGAAGAGGACAGAGCAGGGGGAGAGGCAGAUCAAAGCACAUCUGCCGCUGUGUUGCCUGCUCACUCUGUCCUACCUGCAGGUCCUCACCUCAACAUCCUCCAUCAUCCACAACCUCAGAAUUCUGGUUCAGUCAGCUCCAGCUCAGUUGUAGACAAUGAGACGACUGAAGCUCAACAUCAAGGCACCAAGUUGGUCCCUGGAGCCUCAUCCUCCAUGCAGUCUUCUCUCUGUGAUGAAAGUGAAGGUGACUCGUGCACCAUCUGCUUCGAGGCAUGGACAACAGCAGGUGAACACAGGCUGUCUGCUCUGCGUUGUGGACACCUUUUCGGCUUCACCUGCAUUCAACGCUGGUUGAAAGCUCAGGGCUCUGCUGCUAAAUGUCCGCAGUGUAACAAGAAAGCGAAGCGUACAGACAUUGUGUUGCUGUAUGCCCCCAAGCUUAGAGCACUGGACAACUCUGAGCAGGAGAGCUUAAAGAAGUCUUUGGAGCAGGAGCAGUCCCUGAGGAGGAAGGCUGAACUGGAAUCGGCUCAGUACAAACUCAAACUACAGGUCAUCACCAACAAAUAUGGACAAGUAGAGCAAGAGCUGCAGGAGCUGAGAUCUCUUAUGGCCCAGGCUGGUAGAACUUCAAUCCCCUCCUCCUCCUCCUCCUUGGGGUCGGUCACAGUCCUUGGCCUCACACACAGGGGGGACGGCUCCAGAGUGGCUCAGUACAGCUUCUCCAAGGCAAUUUUGGUGUCUCAGGCUGGAGGCUGCAGGGUUUUGUCAUACUGUGAACCUCUGAGUUGCUUGCUGGCCUCACAGCCUUCUCCUCAACCCACACUGGUGCCUGGUUGUGGGGUGAAGAAAGUGAGCGUGGUGAACAUGAAGGCUAGUCAGUAUGUUCCCAUCCACAGUAAACAGAUCAGAGGCUUGUCUUUCAAUAGACAGAAUGACAGUCUGCUGCUGUCUGCUGCCCUGGACAACACCAUCAAACUGACCAGUUUGGUGACCAACACAGUGGUUCAGACCUACAAUGCAGGUAAACCAGUGUGGAGCUGCUGUUGGUGUUUGGACAACAGUAACUACGUCUACGCUGGUCUGAUCAAUGGCUCGGUGCUCGUCUAUGACACCAGAGACACCAGCACACAUGUCCAGGAGCUGGAGCCGCUUCGUUCCAGGUGUCCUGUGGCGUCUCUGUGCUACAUUCCACGGGCAGCAUCAAGCUCUUUCCCUUGCGGUGGGCUGAUUGCAGGAUCUCUGGAGGGUGGGUGUUUCUGGGAGCAGGUCACAGGAACCACAUACAGACCACAUGUCCUCCCACUGGAGGCCGCCGGUUGUACCGACAUCCAGGUGGAGACCGAGAGCCGUCACUGUCUGGUCACAUACAGGCCAGGACGUUCCAACCCGUCUCUGCGCUGCGUUCUGAUGGCUCUGAACAGAACGCCUCAGCAGGACUCAAGUGAGUUGCCCAGCUGCUCCUGCUCUCCAAUGCAGACAUUCAGUGCUGGCUCAUCCUGUAAACUGCUCACCAAGAAUGCAGUCUUCAAAAGUCCAGAUGGAGGGGGGAUGCUGGUCUGUGCUGGGGAUGAAGCCUCCAACUCUACCAUGGUGUGGGACGCUGGCAGUGGUUCUCUGCUUCAGAAGCUUCCGGCUGACCUCCCGGUGUUGGACAUCAGUCCAUUUUCUGUGAAUGGGGAGCACUUCUUGGCUUCAUUGACGGAGAAGAUGCUUAAACUAUAUAAGUGGGACUGAACACUGGUUUCCCCCUGAAACAUCAGAAAAAAGAACCACAGUCUUGGAGCACAAUACAUGAUGUGUGGGAAUUAAAUGCUGCUAGAUUAUUUGUGUGUUUACACAGAAACAUUUUGUUUUUUUGUUUUUUUUUUAAAAAAAAGCAAACCUACACAUUACUGCAAUUGGUGACAUUUGAUCUGCCCCGAUCAGGUGUGUAUUAUUUGGACUCGCUAAGGUUGUGCUGCUGCUCCCAUAGGAAGAAAUAAGAUUGGAUUUUGGUACAUUUGCACAAAAUCUGAGGUUAAAUAAUUAAUUAUGUGUGUGUCCUUACAUUCUUCUCUGUCUGGAACUGGUGAAGAUGAACACAUACAAGUGUGUUGGCCUGUUUUUGCUCUAGAACUACAAAACCUAUGUGUCUCUAUAGUUUGAAUUACAUGUACACAGAUUAUUUUGUCCCAUGUAAAAUGAGACACCAGACUGGUGAAACCUGUUGAAAUCAUCUACUCUAUUACACCAGGUCUGGGGCUGCAUCUAGCUACUGCUUCAACUAAAGGAUGAGCGCCACCUGUGUAACUGGAGCUCAUAUAUCUUUUACAAAACUAUUUAUACUUGAUGUAUUUCUCUCAUUCCAGGCAGACGGUGCCAAUGGCAGACACUUGUCUGAUUGAAAAGCAUUAGUUGUAAGAAGGAUGUUGACAGAAAGCUCUGAGAUUGAGAACAGGGUGCAAGACAAAUGUGUUUAUUGUGGACGGGGCUUUGAAUAGCAUGUUUGUUUUCCCUUUUCUAUUUUAGAUCGAAUGACACAAGCUUGUCACUGCAGUGCCUUGUAGUUACUCAAUUGAAUGUCCGAAAGUCAGAAGAUCCUUGAAUCCACCAAAAGCAAUUGGUGAUCUGGUUGCAACAGUGUCACCAGCGACUCAGUUCACAGUUCAUCUAAACUUGAUCACACCUGAUGUGAUUUGAAAAAUACUAACGUUGGCAACAGAUCAUCAACAACUAUUGCAUGAAGUACUUCCUGUUGCCACCAGAUCCUCAACAGCUGAAACCUGUUUCACUUGAUUUACUGGUGAUUGGUUAAGAUUAUUUCACGAGAGUUUUCAUUAUGACCCCAGCAGUAUAGCCUCAGUGAUUGAUUUUGAGUUACUGAACUUCUUUUGUCCUACCACUUUUUAAAGCAGAUCGUGUUCAUCUUCUGGCUUUGUUUCCAUUUUCACAUCAUUCACCUCUCAACCAGAACAUUAAGUGCCAAAGGACUCUGUUGCUGUUGACCUUUUUACUUGUUCUUUCUAAAGAAUGUUGUAUAUAUGUAUAUUUGCUGCCGUUUGAGUACAACUUCAAAGUUAAUAAAAAUGACAAGUUAUUUUUAA